AUGUGUAAAGCAUCUGGUCAGCGAUUGCUACUCUUCCUCACCAAGGGAACGUUGAAUCAAGGGCUGUCUGGCUUUCCCCCUCAACAUCAACCACCACCACCUCCACCACCACCGCUAUAUAAGCCGCGCCACCUCUCCGUCACCACCAUUCACACUCCUGCCUCCUGCAGCAACAUGGCCUGCAAGCUCCUUCUCGUCCUGGCCGCCUUCGUGGCACUCUCCGCCGCCUCCUACGUGCCCCAGGACUCCUAUGGAGCAGCGCCUGCCAACUAUGACUUCAACUGGGCCGUCAACGACGCUGCUUCCAGCAACAACUACGGGCAACAGGAGGCCCGCGACGGAGACAACACGCAGGGAUAUUACUUCGUGCAGUUGCCCGACGGUCGCCUGCAGAAGGUUACCUACUCUGUGCAGGGCGACUCAGGCUUCCUGGCCGAGGUCACUUACGAGGGCGAGGCCCAGUACCCACAGCAGGGAUACGGCGCCCCUGCCAGGCACCCGACGCCUACCUACGGCACCCCUGGCCCGCACUACGCCCGCUGAGCACUUUCCUCCCUCCCGACGCCAAGACCAGCGCCCCCUCACCGCCACUCAUUCCUCACCUCUUUCUGUAUUUAUUGACUUUU